AUGGCUUUGCCUCUGCCACCGCCUGCCCAGCUAGGGAGUACUCCCACCACCCUCGCCACUGAUCUCCAGAUCGCUGGUGUCACCACCAUCACUGUCACCUCGGGUGUCCCGGCAUGGGACUACUCCUCCGACCCCCCCAUUCCAAUCUUCCACCUCCACAGUGUGGUCCAUCCCCGAGGUCACUCCCUCUCCGUCGGUGACAAGAUAGCUGCCUUCUUUGCCCGGGAUACCACAGAUCCUGAGAGCAAAGACACCCUGGCCAUUCGGGGGGAGAUCUCAGCUAGCCACAUGGUUUACUCCACCGAGCCCUCGACGCACCUUCACGUCCGUCCGCGCUCCCCUUUCAGCUUUGCAGAGCAGUACUCCGAAUUUCAGCCCCUCUUUCGUGGCCGUCCACAAUCGCAGCUGCUCCUUCCUUUCCUGGAUAUCCAUGAUCCUGCUCUUCAUAUGCGGAUCUGGCACGCGGGCCCCCUCUUCGGGCAACUCAUCAAGGGUCUGACGCCCACACUGUUGCCUGCGUUCCUGGUUCACGUCGAUGGUCGCUCACUGCGCGGUUCGGGCCGCCCUCCCACGCAGCUCGCCUGCCCCUCUCCAUCACGCUACCAGGCGCUGGCCGUGGCCCGCGCCCAGGGCUUCGCCCGCAUCAACUACUACAUAUUUCUAUCUCACCAUAGUCACUCGUUACCUGAGCGUACAAGCAUCCCAGCUGCUAGGAAGGCUCUCGACGUUGCAAAAGCUGACGUCAACAAGAUUGAGAACAUUCAAAUAUCUCCGCCGCAGCUAAGCGAGGUUGCCAAACGUAUCAUUGGUGCUGGGGGGAAGGUCGUAGAAGUUGGAACUGGUCUCAAAGGGCGUCUGAAGCGUUUCUGGGAGGAACUUGUGCAGCAUCGCCAUGAGCUUACCGAGUUCAUCUCAAUCGACGUCCACUUCGACGUGCAUGGCGACCACGACAUCGGAGUCAACAUUGACCUCGUGGUCGAGCAGGUUGGUCAAUCACCCAGAGAACGGGAGGCGGAGCAAUUAAUUACCGCCAGCGGUGGCCCUGAGGCCGUCCUUCAGAAUCCGGUGCUAGUUGAGCGGGUAUCCAAAAUACUGGGCGAAAACAUCACUGCGUCCCUAAGAGAUGCGCUGAUGCAGGACUUCGACACGAUGAUGAAAGAGAAUAAACGAAACUUUGACUUAAAGAUUGGGGAUGCCGCUAGACGUAUCAAAAGAGCGCUACGGGCCUCUAGCGGGAAUAUCUUGAAGCAUCUGGAUUCAGGUCCUCACGAUCUCAUCCUUGACCCCGAUGUCAAAGAAAUAUGGAGAAGGAUUCAUAGCCACUUUGAACCCAAGGUGCGCCAGCAAGUUCGGGAGGCCGCCGAGGACGACCCACACGUUGACGAGUGGACUUUACCCUUCCUAUCCAAGGCGAUGUAUUCUCCGGCGGUGGCAGAUGCCAUUGAUAGUGACGGGAGCGGACUCAUAUCAGUAGAAGAGUGCAAUGAUUUCUUGGAGGACAGGCCCGAGGGUUGGAGCGUCCCAAAGUGGCUUUCUUACUGGGCUGUCGUCUGGCUCAUGAGUAACGAAAAAUACCUUGGAUGUAUAAACGACACCGUAGUAUCUAUCAAGAAAGCGUACAAGCAAACAAGACCAGAAAACAAGGAGGCGAUUCAGAAGUCGGAGUACAUGGACUGGCUCGACUUUCUCGACCCCGUCAUACUGCAGUCUCUGAACUGGGGCGUAUCCCAAAACACCCCGGGUUUAUUAAGCUAUAGCGAAUUGUGCGACGUUCAGGACGAGUAUAUGGCGAUCGAACAGCGCAACAUAAUGCAAAGUCUUGACUAUCUCAACUGCGCGCUUUACGACAUUGGAACCUUGCCUUCAAUCACAGGGAACGAUCGCAUAGAGCUUGCCGUCAUGCCACUCCUGCAUCUUAUUCUGCAAUGGCACUUGCGGGCCAUGGAACAGGCUUCGCAAGAGACCUUAGGCCAGCAUGCAUUUGAGGUUCACAAGAAUACUCUCAAUACGAUUCUGUUUGCGUUCAACUGUCGCUUGAACGACCUCGAACGCGGCUGGAAGCAAAUGCGCAUGGACGUAGCCGCUCACGUUGAGUGCUUUGCCGGCGGAAUGUUCAGCGAAUGGCAAAAGAAGCGUCGGAAUCCUUCCAAGAAUGUCAGAAAACUACUCGCGUUCUGGAUAAGUACCGGCGGUGACCCUGCUCGGCACAUCGACGAAAACUCCGGCUGGUGGGAUAACAUCGCAUCCCAUGAAAGGCUUCGUCCCAAAAAUAGGGGUCCUGCGGAUAGCAACUUCGGCAACUUCCAUCAUGACCUCUCUCGGGUCGUAUUCUCUACUUCCGAUGGCGCUGCCAGUGAUACAUUGACGGCUAUCGACCGUAUCGCUACCGUCGAGGAUAAGCUGGAAGAGCUGUCAGAAUUGCUUAAAUCCGUUGCGAGCAAGUUGUCGGAGAUGCAAGAAUCUGAGAAGAGACGUCGCGAACCACCGGGUCGGCACAGGUUGAGAAAGGGAGGACGUCAACGACCAGUGUCCUCAGAAUCCAGCGCCAAGCAACAUAGUAGUUGCAUCGUCGCAUAA